GCCCUCAGUCCAUGGAGCAUCCAAGCUCUGCCGACAUUCAAAUGGCUACAGACGUCCUUCCUCAUCAUCCUCACCCGCCUUCCUCAUCGUCUUCGACGUCCCCGACGCAGGCAAAUGCGCCCAACAAUGGCCUCAACGGCGUCAACAAACGCUACCGACCCGCGCCAGCGAAAACUUUCCAGUGCAGAGGCUACGGCGAUUGUCGCAUGGUCUUUAGCAGGUCUGAACACCUGGCCAGACACAUCCGUAAACACACCGGCGAACGACCCUUCACCUGCCACUGCGGCAAGCAGUUCUCCAGGCUCGACAACCUCAGGCAACACGCCCAGACCGUCCACUCCGACAAGCAGGACCAGAACGAGCGCAUGAUGCGCGAGCUCACCUCCCUCCACGCCUCCAUGGCCGCCGCCAACAAAGCGACCCAACACCGCACCAAACGCGGCGCCAACAACGCCAACGCCAACAACGCCAACGCCGCCAACGGGAACGGGAACGGCAACGCCGGCUCCGACGGCAUCCACCACCACAACACCUCCGGCUCCGAUAACGGCUCUCCGCCCCUGUCGACGACGAUCGUCAAGCAGGAAGAAGGCAUCGGCUCGAUUCCGAUGUCUAUGUCGAUUCCGCUCCAUCAGCGCCCGGGAACGAGUACCGGCUACGAGGGCAGCGGCGAUUUCGACGUCGACGGCGACGGAGACGCGCAUAUGAACGGCGGCUACUCCCACCAUCCCCACCAUAAUCAUAACCCUGUUGAUCGCUCCCGGGCGGUCAACUCUCAUUCCUUUCGUGACUCCCGUCAGUCCUUUCGUGCCCAACAAUCUACCAGCGUCGUCGACAUCAACAACAACAACAACACCCCCUCAGCUCCCCAACUUGGGCAGCACACCCAGUCCUUUCGAGUCCCAGGCGAAUUCCACCAGCACCAGCAGCAACCCUCGCCAUUCCAAUUCGGUCUCCCCGACCAAUCUCAACCACAGCAACGGCCAUCCACCUCCGGCGCCACGUCCGCCUUCGUCCGUCCCGGGACUUCAGGCGGCGGGGGUCAACGACCGGCCACUGGCUCUGGGGCUACUUCACAACCACAACUCCCGUCACUCACCACAGUCCUCGCCCACACAUCCCUCCCACCUCCACUCUCACUCUCACUCUCCUCACCCUCCACAUCCUCUCCAUCCGCAUCCGCAUCCGCAUCCUCUCCAUCCACAUUCACAUCCACAUCAUCCACAACAGCACCCUUCUCCGCACUUCACAGGGAACGCGAACGUGAACGUGAACGGGAGCGUGGGGAGUCAACAACAUCAAUAUUUCCCGUUCCCUCCGGGAUCAGCAGUCGACCAGGUUCGGGAAUCAGGCCAGGGACCGCUCCGGCGUCGGCGUCGACAGGGUUCGGGUUCGGGUUCGGGGUCGGGUUCGGUGCCGGGGGUGGGUUCGGCGGGGGUGGGACUAGCGGCGGGUGGUAUGGACCUGGGGUUGGAUUUGAGCGGGGUGGGUAUGAGCGGGGUGGGUAUGGCGGGCAUGCAGGGAAUGGAGGUGGUGGGUAUGGGUAUGGGGGUGGGGGUGGAUAUGCAGGGAAUGGACAUGGGCAUUAUGGGCUUGGGGGUGGAUUCUAUGGGCAUGGGCAUGGGCAUGGGCAGUCUGUCGGGCAUGGGCAUGGGCAUGCAGGGAAUGGAUAUGGGGGUGGAUAUGGGCAUGCAGGGAAUGGGGGUGGGGGUGGAUAUGGAAGGGAUGGAUUGGGCGCUCUACCAACAAGGACCUCAGCAGCAACAACCGCAGAGUUGGCCCCCGCAUCGUUCGCAAGAGUCGCUUUCGGAGGAGUCGAGCACGAGCACUCAGAGGGGGGACCCGAGGGAGCAGAGGGAGGAAACGAUUCACCGUUUUCGUUCCAGCCGCCGCCUAUCGCCUCCGAGUCUUCCUCCUCAACAACAGCAGGGUCGGGCGUACCCCCUUCGAACCCAAACCCAAACCCAAACCCAAACCCAAACCCUCGGAAACGACCGUUCCCGGGAGACGACGACGAGCACUACAGGCUUGCGAGGCCACACACCUCCGGGGACGUCAUCGGCGGCGGCGGCGGUGGUGGGGGGUCCUAUGCUCGGCCAACCACCUCAGGGGACGGGUAUGGUCGGCCCACCACCUCAGGCGGCGGGGACGGGGCAGAUUCAAGACCGGUCUCGAGAAGGCUCUCGGUCAUGGAGCUCUGUAAUGACACAGAUGACGAUCCCGGCGCUCGACGGAUAUUACCCGUCGGUGUCUCAGUCUCCGCCUCAUCAGCAUCUUCAGCAGGCGGCGCAGGGUCAGGGGCAGCAGUACAGUCAAGGCCUUCAACUUCAACGGGAAGGCCAGGGACGAGUGGGGGGAAUGGGAAUGGGAGGCCAGAGACGAGUGGGGCUGGGCUUGUUAGGUAUGCGGAGCAGCUCGCCCUCGGGGACCGGGAUGGGGACGAUGGGGACCGGGAUGCAGCCUCCUCCGACUCAGGCUCACCUUCAAUCUCAACAACAACAACAACAACAUCCGCAAACGCCGCGUCCGCUUCAUCCUUCGCACGCACAACCUCCUCGUCCGUCGUCUUCGGCGCCGCAUUCGCAGCACCUCUCACAGCAACAACAGCAGCAGCAGCAACAACAGCAGCAGUUCCAGCAUCCGCCGGCUCCGCCUUCUUCGGCGCCUCCGCAUCAACCACACCCACACCAGGCGCAGCACACCUCCAGCGGCCAACACAACCCCAACAACUCCAACGGCCAGCAGCAAACGCAGCAUCCGGUGAGUUAUUCGGCCGAGUUGAGGAGACAGCAGCAGGAGCAGCUUCGGCGGCAGUUAACGCAGCAGGUGCGGCGGGACGAGGGGCAGGGUUCGGGUUCGGGACAGUCUUCGCCGGUCGGGGGACAGGGACAGGGCGAUGGGCAGGACGGAGUGGGACAAGGGAUAGGGAGGGAUCAGCAUCAGCUGGGUCAGAGGGAUCGGGAUCAGCAGGGUCAGAUUCUCCAGAGAGCAGCGUCUCAGCCUCAACCGUCACGUCUCCCGUAUUUCGACAUGCAACCUCAGGUGCAACCUCAGUCGCGGGUCGAGCAGGCGUAUCAGGCUCAGCAAGUCCAUGGGCAGGCGCACGGGGGUCACCAGCAGCGGGUCCGGGCUCACCCGUAUUAUCAUCCGCAUUCUCACCACACCCAGCCGCAAGGUUCGCCGUACGAGGAGUUGGCGGGAUUCAACAUCAACAUGUCCCCGUCUCAGGUGCAGGGUCAGGCUCAGGGGCAGCAGGUGCAGCAGGUGCAGGACGGGAGUGGAAUGGCGAUCGGGAUAGGGAUGAGUAUAGACGGUUUGGGGGCGGGGAUGGUCAACAUGGGAGGCGCAAUGGGGAUGUCGGUGCCUAUGAUGGGAAUGGGAAUGGUGGGCGGAAUGGGGAUGGGAAUGGGCGGUGGGGGGAUAGGGGGGAUCGAGAUGGGCGGGAUGGGAGGGAUGGGCGGGGGGAUGGGAGGGAUGCAGGGGUCGGUCCAGGAGUCGUUGAGCUCUCUCCGAGGCAGUCCGCGGGGGUUGUUGGAAUGAGGGUUUGAGCUCUGAGAGCGCGUACGACGAGAACGCACAAGAGGGAUGGCGAUGACGCGGUUUGUCUGGGAUUUUUUUUUUUUU